GGGAAAAGACGAGAAGAGUUUGAAAGUCACACUAUGAGCAUCUUAAUUUUCUUCCUCAUAUUGAGUGUUUUCUCAUGUUCAGGCUUUCCAGUGUACGACUAUGAACUCCCUGUCAUAGAAGAGGCUCUCAAUGCUUCCAUUGCAAGGAUCAAUUCUCAGUCAUGGGGCACAAACCUGUACGGUGUUGUCACAAGCCACGUCACAAGAGUUGACACAUGGAACAGUGAUGACUAUAGACUAGAGCUGCAGUUCAGCAUUCGUGAAACUGUGUGCACGAAAGCUUCAGGCAGAGACCCAUCCACAUGUGACUUCAAAAUUGGUCUUUUUGUGCCAACUGCUCUCUGCAGAAGUGUUGUGGAAGUCUCUGGUGAGCUGAUCUCGAAUGUUACUGUGCAGUGCCAUCGUGGCACAUCCAGUUCUGAAUCCAUGAGCAGCGAGGAGAUGAUGCAUCUGCCAGUAAUAAAUCCCAGCAGGCGAGGGAGCAGUCGCUUGGAAGAUAUGUUCACUCCUGAAGCCUUCCCUUCAAGGAGAAGAGGUAGCAGCCGUGGGGAUUGGUAUAAACCCAGUUAUUUCAGCUCUGACAAGGUUGAGUAAUAUGGUUUGGAUUGGAGAAUCAGAAGAAUCACGACUCAACAAUUCAGCAUGGGAAGAAAGAACAUGAUGUCAGGCUCCUGAUCAAGAUCCUCAUUUCUUUUUCAUGCACAACUCUUCUGUAACGAAGUCUUUCCUUAAACUCACUUUCUACUGCAGUGUCAAAUGACCAUUGGGUGAGCUCAUGAAAGCUCAUGGUAACUGUGUGCACUUGUCACAAAAUCAUAGGAUGCAUUGUGUUGGAAGUGACCUUUAAAGGUCAUCUAGUCCAAUGCCUUGCAGUAAUCAGGGACGUCUUUAACUAGAUCAGAUUGCUCAGAGGCCUGACCUCAAAUGUCUCCAGCAAUGGGGCCUCCACUGCCACCCUGGAUAACCUGUUCCAGUGUUCCAUCAGUUAGUUGACAGUUGCCUUCCAAUGUCUUGGAACUCACUGGGAGAACUGUCUCAGACACCUGGCAUUAACUGCAUCUAGUAUGUGUUGUGCUGUCUCAUAAUGAUGCUAUUAAAGGAUUGUUCUUCCA